AAAAUAAAACUCUUAAGCCUAUAAUUUCAUAAAUAUUAAUGAUUAAACACACUUUAAAUAUUUUUUUUUCUUUCAUCAAGUAUUACUAGCACACAUCAUAACAUUUGUGAUUUUCGGUCCACCAAAAAGAAGAAUCAAAACGAUUACUUUCUCCUCAAUCCACCAAACUAAUUCCACAGUGCACACAUGUGCAAAUUGUAAUAGAAUAGUCAAAAGGUGGAAUGGUCAGCGUGCUUGAAAAUCAUAUCCAAACUCCAUCCAUUGCGUCACGUGACCUUCAUUUUAUCAAGAACGAUUUUGGCUUCUCUGCCUCUGCCUAUCCAAUUGUUCCAGGACAUGAAAUUGUUGGGGAAGUGACGGAGGUAGGAAGCAAAGUGACGAAGUUUAAGGUCGGAGAUAAGGUGGGAAUGGGAGGCAUGGCUGGUGCAUGUGGCUCUUGUGAUAACUGUGUCAAUGACUAUACAGUGUACUGUCCUAAAUUAAUAGUCACCUUUCAUGGAAUUGACAAUGAUGGAACAAGAGCAUAUGGAGGAUUCUCUGAUUUCAUGGUUGCCAAUGAAAAGUUUAUUGUUCGGGUUCCUGAUAACAUCCCUCUUGAUGCUGCUGCUCCAUUGCUCUGCGCUGGAAUCUCAGUUUGGAGUCCGUUGAAAUAUUUUGGUCUUGGGGAACCUGGCAAGCAUGUCGGCAUUGUUGGACUCGGAGGUCUUGGUCAUGUUGGUGUUAGACUUGCCAAGGCUUUGGGGUCCAAGGUGACCGUAAUAAGCACAUCUCCCAGCAAGAAGAAUGAAGCUCUGGAGCAUCUUGGUGCUGACUCAUUUUUAGUUAGCAGUGACCAGGACGAAAUAAGGGCUGCCAUGGGAACUUUGGAUGGAGUCAUAGACACAGUCUCUGCUGUUCAUCCCAUUUCACCACUGAUUGAUCUAUUGAAGACUAAUGGAAAACUUGUUUUUUUGGGUGCACCUUCGAAGCCACUCGAGCUACCCGUCUUACCUCUGCUCCUCGGAAGGAAAGUAGUGACUGGAAACGCUGGAGGAGGUAUGAAGGGGAUGCAAGAGAUGGUAGAUUUUGCAGCAGAACAUAACAUUACAGCAGAUAUUGAGCUUAUCACCAUGGAUUAUGUGAACACUGCUAUGGAGCGACUAGCAAAGGGUGAUGUUAGAUACCGAUUUGUCAUUGACAUUGCAAAUUCCUUGCCCGCCACCAAGCCUUGAAUCCCCAGCAUUAUAUUGAGCAUUUUCAUUUCCCUUAUGUAAUACUCUAUUUGGCAUCUCAUGCAUCAUUUUACUGAGUGUUUGAAUUUCAAU